CUAUUGUGAAUAGCAGCUGGGUUUGUGAAAUUUGCAAAUCAUAACGUUCUGUUUUUAUUUACAUUUUACACAAUGUCCCAAUUUUUUUUUUUUGAAUUAGAGUUGUAAAAAGGUUCCUGGGUUGUUGUUGUUUUUUAAAGAACUAAACCAACUGAAAUGUUUCAAAUGCAAUGAACAAUGUCUGUUUGUGUUUCUAAAAUAAACAUUGCCGUGAUCAAUACAUUGACAUAGUUGCCUGAUAUAUCAAAUAUGAUACAAAAAUAAUCAUAAGUAAAUUAUAUUAUUAUAAUUUUUUUGGAUUUUGUAAAAAAGAGUCCAAUAAACACUUCAAUUUUAUAAAAUGUGAAUUGUCUGCCUAUUAUUUGAUGUGUCAGGCUUCACAGGGUUAAUUUAGUGAAUACAGUUAGAGGGCUCGUGCAUGUAUCCAACCCCAAAAUCCGACACACUUAUUGAAAAGCUGCCAUUCAAAAUGGCGCCGUGCAGUGCCCAGAGACUCUUGCUGGACUUUAAUCCGCUACGAUCCGAGUGACGAACUUCCUGCUUCCCUUCUCACGGGGUCCUGGAAACUAGAUCAAGAUGACACCCUCUUCAUGUUACCGGUUACUUAUGGCAAGCGGAAAAUAGAUUAAUACUAGGCUAAUAAUAAUAAUAAUAAUAAUAAUAAUAAUAAACACGGUUAUCCUGAUAAAGUCGGACAUGAUUUCCUCGGUGUGCACGGAUGGGACUCGGAAGAAACCCGAGAGAGAACUGAACACCAAAACACAGCGCGCGUGCGUUAAUGUGGACUGUGGACGUUGCACGGCUUGACGUGUGCUUUAACCAAACAAAUGCAUCGGUGAUACGGUCAUGAUCCCGUGUAAUUCCCGUGUUCUAAAGGUAACCCCAAUGCAACGCUUGUCUUUAUGCUUCCAUCGGACCUUAACCGUUUUCCGGGUGCUGUAGAUUACCAAUAUACCGAGCUCUUCCGGCAGCACAGGAGGGUGAUAUCCAAACCUGCCGUUAAGGGCGAAUUUAUGGGAUCACAAGUUUCAUCUGAUGAGAUGAGUGUGCGCACAGGCCAGGGCAGUGAUGAGGUACUGGUGUCUCAGGCUGUGUGGGAUUACCUGGCAGCAGCCGGGAGGCCGUGGCUGCUUGACUUUGAGGAUAAACAGGGACUGAGCGCUGGCAUCGUGCGCCGUGGUGAGCGUGGAGGCUGCUGUGCUGUAAGACUUUCCCCGGUGGAGGGCAGGACCAGCUUGAUGGAAGGCCCAGUCUCACCUGCCACACGCAAAGCCUUUAUAGACCUGUGCCGCUGUGCCCGCAAGGAGAUGACCAAACAGGAAGCUGCUCCAAAGAGGAAGCGCUCUCUGUUACCCUGUAUUGGGGUGGUGGAAACGGACGCUGAGGGCAGUUUGCUUCCUCCUCCUCCUCCACAGCCACGUCGAUCCCAGAGGCAGCAGCAAAGGUGCAGGAAAAGCGCUGAGAUGGACUCCUGCACCGUUUUGCCCAUGUUGCACGAAGCCACAGCAAAGACGGAUUGUGAUUCAGGAGCAGGCCGUUCAAGCGAAGACGACAGCGCCAUCUGCUCCAUCUGCAUGGGAGAGAUGGUGGAGAAGACUACUUUGGAGAAGUGCAGCCAUUCGUUCUGCCGUUCUUGCCUGGAACAGGCAUUCCAGGUGAAGAAGGCUUGUCCUGUGUGCAGGCUCGUUUAUGGCCAGCUCAUUGGGAAUCAGCCAGGAAAUGGUAGCAUGAUGGUGGAAAGAGACCCAGAUCUGGAGUUGCCUGGGCAUGAGGGCUAUGGCUGCAUUUGCAUUAUCUAUAGUUUCCCACCAGGGUUCCAAUCACAAGAGCACCCGAACCCUGGGGUGCGGUAUCCAGGCACAGAUCGUGUGGCCUACCUACCGGACAGCCCCGAGGGUAACCGUGUGUUGCGACUGUUGCGGCGGGCUUUUGAACAGCGGCUCAUUUUCACUAUAGGAACCUCCAUGACCACAGGCAUGCAUAAUGUCAUCACAUGGAACGAUAUCCACCACAAGACCUCUAUAUGGGGUGGACCACGAUGCUUUGGUUACCCAGAUCCUACAUACCUCGUGCGGGUGACAGAGGAGUUGCGGGAGAAAGGAAUAACGGCUGAUUGAUCCUUUGGUACUCAGCACUUUGGGACAAUUAGCGACCUGGCAGGUGGACCACAUUGACCCCAGACUAUCCAGUGAUUCACUGUGUUAAUGUAAAUCACAGCCAUUCUGCAGUACCGGUUUGGUCAGGCGGCUGAGAUUGUGUUGAUUUUGUUUCUUUUUGUUUGAACAAAAAGUGAUUGCAAUAAAUGACACUUUAUAAUUGAGUGCAGUGCAUUCCACACUUUUAUUAGCUUCAGAGAUGGCACUUUGGAAAAGUUAAGAGUGAAAUCAAAAGCUCUGUGGUUUGCUGAACUUUGAGAUGGAGUGGUGACUAACUUCUUUCAGCUGUAGUAGGGAAGUAAACUGUUUUCAUGUUCUAGGCAAAUGGCUUUCUCUUGUUUGCUCUCUGUUUCUUCUGUCCAGAAGGUUUUCUGUGACUUGUUCUUGUUUUGCCAUUGUCUGGACCAAGAAAGCAAACCCUAGCUAUACACAUACUGGGUCAUUUUUUCAUAAGCAGCACUACAAGGCACUUUGCAGUUAUGUAUGUAUGUAUGUAUGUUAAUUGUUACAGAUUGGAGCUGAUUUCUGGGCUUUUUCCAGAUACGCAGCAUUUUGCGGAUGUAGAGACCAGUUUAGCGGCAACAAUCUGAUGUCAGUCCCUAUAUGCCCCCGUUUUUGCUUCCUCUUAUCUCAUCCAGAAAGAUCUUAUGUUUCAAGAUAUAUAUAUAAAAAAACCUUUUGUCUUGUUUUUAUUAUUAUUAAUUCAUCUGUCAUUUGUGUUCUGGUUAGUGUUUGGAAAACCCAAGUCGAGAAUUGCUGCUGUGAUUAGAUCAGCUUUAAAAAAACCCACAAAAACAAAUGAAAAGUGGAAGGUUUCUUUUGCAUGUCUGUUGUUGACUUGAAUGUGAAAACUUCUAUAUGAUGUCAUGGGGAAAAAAGACCUGUAGACUAAUCCCAAAUCAAAUGUAAGGCACAAUCGGAUUCUUCACCAUGGAAGAAUCACACUUCAGCCUCAAAUCCAGCAAACAGCAAGCGCUGGAUGUAUUUCAUGUCAGUAGGCUUUCUUCAUUUAUAGUGACGCACUACCAGUGUGAUUCUAUGUCCAUGUGAUUAGUUAAAGUUUAUCCCAAUAGUAUAAUGGAAAAAUAUGCAGUAGCAUUUUUUUUUCUCAUUCAGUCUGUUUUUGUACUGUUAACUAAAGAACUCAGCAUGUUCUGAUAAGUGAUAAAGACUUCUCUGUACGAGGUGGUCACUGGUUAUAGCCAGAAACCUGAAGCACGUUCUCUCAGUAAGUCGAGAACAUUAUAGUACCUGUCCGAUUUGAUUCAUCGUUACAGACUUGAAAUCUUUUCUGCUAUAUAAAGAAAUGUGAGGAUUAUGGCUCUGAAAGGGUUUAUUAACUAUAACAUCAUGAAAUGCAAAGAAGCUCCACUGAAUAUCUGUAAAGCUGUUUCAAAUGUUUCUUUUUGUUUGAUCUCCCUCCUCGUUUUCUGUUAAGGGACCAACACAUUUUGGAUGACAUAGUGACACCGAUCAUGCAAAAUUCUAUGCAGUUCAUGUUAGAUGAGGAAGAAAUAAACCUCUUAAAGAUAAUCGAUUGUUAUUCAAAGUUCAUGAUUUGCCUUUAUGACUGUGUUGAUUUGUACGCGACAGACCUGUCUGCUACAAUAUGUGCUUUAUGUUUUCAUACUUGAAUAAAGAGUUCUGUUCAGUU